AUGAGUGAGCCAAUAGACAGUUUAGUAAAUGCUUCUGAUUUUCCCAAUGAUGGAGCUGCUUUUGGAAAUUGCACUGAUGAAAAAAUCCCAUUCAAGAUGCAUUAUCUCCCCAUUAUUUAUAGCAUCAUUUUCAUCGUGGGCUUCCCAGGGAAUGCGGUGGCAAUUUCCACUUACAUUUUCAAAAUGCGGCCCUGGAGAAGCAGCACCAUUAUCAUGCUGAACCUGGCCUGCACAGACCUGCUGUAUCUGACCAACCUCCCUUUCCUGAUUCACUACUAUGCCAGUGGUGAAAACUGGAUCUUCGGGGAUUUUAUGUGCAAGUUCAUCCGCUUUGGUUUCCACUUUAACCUGUAUAGUGGCAUCCUCUUCCUCACCUGCUUCAGUGUUGUCCGCUACCUUGUGAUCAUUCACCCAAUGAGCUGUUUUUCCAUCCACACAAUUCGAUGGACAGUGGCCGCCUGUGCCGUGGUGUGGGUCAUUUCCUUGGUGGCUGUCAUGCCCAUAACUUUCCUGAUCACAUCGACCACCAGGACCAACAGAUCCGCCUGUCUGGACUUCACCAGCUCGGAUGACCUCACUACUAUCAAGUGGUACAAUUUGAUUUUGACUGGCACCACCUUUUGCCUCCCUUUGGUGAUAGUGACUCUGUGCUACACAACCAUUAUCAACACCCUAACCCAGGGGCCUCGGACGCACAGCUGCUUCAAGCAGAAAGCCCGAAGGCUGGCCAUUGUGCUCCUCAUUGUGUUCUAUAUAUGUUUUUUACCCUUCCAUAUCUUGAGGGUCAUUCGGAUUGAAUCUCGCCUGCUUUCCAUCAGCUGCUCGGUUGAGAAUCACAUCCAUGAAGCCUACAUCAUUUCACGAUCGUUAGCUGCCCUGAACACCUUUGGGAACCUGUUACUAUACGUGGUGGUCAGCAACAACUUCCAGCAGGCCAUCUGCUCCUCAGUGAGAGGGAAGCCCAGUGGGGCCCUGGAGCAGACAAAGAAAGGCAGCUGCUCGAUGAACCCUUAAAAUACUGUACUUACAACAACAACAACAACAGUAAAAAGCGUGUUGAUUCUUUCUCUAUCACUGCUAACAAGUCCAGACUACUUCACCCAAUGGAAUUCCUAGUAAACAUUGUGAAUUUGGGUUAUUUUAUGCCAAAGCCAAGAACAGGACAAAUUGUUCUUUGCAAAUGUUUGUUGAGGUGCUCCUGAGGGUGGAAAUAAGAAUAAGACACUUAUACAAUUAUCAACCACUGGGACGCAGGGCAUCUGGAAGAAUAUUGUUCCUGCCAAACUUUGCUUUAAACUGAUUAAACUAGAGAUUAAUCAGUUUUGUGGAUUGAUGUAAGCCAAUGAAAACAGCUCAUUGAUGUGCAUGUGAAUGGCUGCUGCGAGUGCUUGCGAGGUACUUGGUGUGUUAUGUUGUUAUUGUCAUAAGACAUCUUCAAAGUUGUUAUUGAAUGCAUUUAUAAAAAUUAGCAAGUCAUAUUUGUAAUUAUCAACAUUAGCUAGGGAGAGAGAGACACAUUUGGGGAACAGAAGUGCUUUCAAGUGUCAUGUACGUACUGGGCAUGAAGGCAAAUCUCACACUUGAUUUCUGUGGCAGAAUGCUAGGGAAACUCUAAGUGUAGAUAGAUUUUCUUUUUUUAAUGACCAUAAUGUAAAU